AUUUGUCAAGUGUAUCAAUGACCGCUCAGGACGGCACAUGUGGGGCAAAAUACUGGAAGUUUCAGGGGAUCGUAAGGGAAUAAUCACUUUUUAAAUUCAUGACGUCUCAGUGUUUAUGGGAUCUAUGAAAAAAUUUAAGUGGAAGGCACCGUAAUUUAAAAUUAAAUUACAAGAGCUUUUAAUAAGUAUUUAGGGACAUCACUAGUUAAAUUAGCGAUAGAAUUAUGAAAACCAAUACUGCCACUGAAAAUCUUAUAAGAAACAUCGUAACUGAGGUGCUUAGAGAAUGCAAAACUAAAAAAAUCCGGGCCUCAUCACAAUUUAUAUUGUAUUAUAUUGGUCUUCUACAACUGGAUCCUAACCGUGAGUUAAAUGAAGAAAUUUUGCGAGAUAGGGCAAAAGUACAAUCUUUCGUAAAAUAUGUCAUUAGCAGCUUAGAAAAAGACGAUGACCCAAAAGUGAUAACGUUGAGGCUGCAGCAGGAGUUUAGGCAUUCUAUCCAGAACCUGGAUGAAGCCGUAAAGCGCUUUAGGUUUAGGUUGAAAAGUAAACUUUAUCCCUUAAUGAUAGAAAUCAUAGAGCAAGAUAAGAAGAACACCGGUGAUCAGCUUUUUAAGAAAAUUUGCUAUUAUGUUAUUUUAGCCUCAGGAUUAGGCAAUCCCAGUAAGAGACCUGUUCUUAAAGAAGCUUUUCAAGUACUAAAAAGUAUCUUGGAACCAGAGGAAAUACGCAUUUUUCCAAGCAUUCAAAACUAUAUCAAGCAAGAGCUCUUGGAGAGUCUGAUAAAUAUAGUAAUGGGAAUCCGCCUGUAUAAUCGAUACUGUAAAAGAGGUGGUGAGGGAAUAGAAGAUUUGCCAGAAUUAUUGGAAAAAGCUAUUCAGGCAGUAGGCCGCGAACUGAAUAAAUGCAUAGAGCAAAGUAUGGAAAGAGUGAAGUUGCUGACUCUCAGCGUUGAAAAGAAUAUCAUAAUAACUAAAAAAGGAGCUGAUUGGGUGGUUUUCCUAAACUUUCAAUCUGAUGAGGAAAAACAACAAUGGAAUUAUAGGAGGGACUUGGCGAUAGCUCAUAGGCAACUAGUAAAAACGUCGAGGGUCUUACUAGAAUCUACAGUUGCACUGGGUCAUCAUGCACAAGACAUAAUAAGCCAGAUCAACGAGGUGUACCGAGAAUUAGAAAAAGUUAUAAUAUCAAAUUUGUAUCAAGCAGUCACAGAUGUUUUUCCCCAUUUUACUCUCCUAGCGCAUAUGUGGAAGGAACUUCAAAAUGACGCUGUCCGACUGAAGCAAAUCCUUUCCAUCUUCCGGGUUCAGUCGAGGCAAAUUAUGAAGAUCAAAUAUGAGACGCCUGAACGCGAAUAUUCCAGAAUAGAUGCAUGGAUGAUAACAGAAGAUGAAGCACUAAUUACUAACGUGAAAAAUCCGGAUGUCAUUAUACAUGCCAAAAGUAAAGUGUUUACUAAAAAGGACUUACAGUUUAAUGGCUAUUGUUGCUGGAUAUUAAUAAACACAGAUGGCGCGCUUGUACCUGCAAAAAUCGAUUUAGGCGUUGUUGAAUAUAAGAGGAAGUUCUAUGGCUUUUCGACAAGAAUGGCAGCUAAUAGUUUUGCUCGGAGACCUUGGUGGUACAUUGCAAAUACUCUCAUCUUAGCAAGAAAUAAAGUUUACUUAAUCAAAUUUCUCAACUUGGAGAGGACCCUUAUGAAAUUUGCACACCUAAAGACGCUUAUUAUGCAAAAACAAGAAUCAACAAAAUUAUUGAAAAGCAAAGAAUGUCAAACCGAUACACAUUUCCAGCUGCCACAUAUUGAUUACAGUUAUCAGUGGAACCUGUGGGAGUAUAAGCGAGCUGCAUUAGAAAUGUUCGACAUCAAGACAAAGAAAACCGUCUCGACGGCAACGGACAAAACGCAUCAAAAAGAGGCCGCAUUCAGUCAGACGUAUGAAAAUACGGAUUCCCAAACCCAAACCCGGGUUGAUAACUGCAUUAAUACCAAAAGAUCCAAGCAAUUUAUUCAUGGGUUAAGGGGGUUAAAAAAUAAUUAUCCGUUUGUCAUGGAUUUAACUGAACCUUUGAAUUAUAAUCAAGUGCCUAAAGACUAUUUAAGUAAAGAAUCGUUAUAAGUAA